UAAGGCGCUAUGUGGAGGAUCCAAGUUGACAUACACAAAAGACGUAAUCAAAACAAGUGUUUAUACACUAUGCACUUCGGCUAUUCAUAAUUCUUUUAAUUAAUUUAAAUACCUAUUUGAAAAAAAAUGUUAUGGAAACACAGUGUAUUUCUUAAAUGAAUAGUGAAAAUAAAUUAUUGAAAAAAAUUAAUUUCCUUAGAAAAAUUAGUCAACGAACGUGACAUCGUACAUCAAUGUUUCAGUUCGGAUGUCGACCAUGGAAUUUGAGCUUUAUAUGCGUGAUUGUACUUGUUUUGUCAAAUAUUUUAUUGACCUUUUUAUUACUACAAUCAGAAACAUGUAUACCUUUCAAUACUGCCAAAGAAUUAGAUUCAAAUAUUGUCACAGAAUGGAAUUUGCAAUCAUGGCAAAAAGAUGACAUACCUGAAAAAUUGUGUCCCCAACAAGAGGAACUUCCAAAGGAGGAUGAUAUUUUAAAAUUAAAUAUUCAAUUAGGUAGAUGGGAUUCAAGACGUCUUUAUAAAACAUUUGAUUCAAUAUUAGUUGGUGAUAAAUUUAUUGAUUUAUCAAAAAUGUCAAAAGUUUGUCUUGCAACGCAAACAUCAGUUGAAAAAUUACAUUCAUUAGUUCAAGUUGUACAUCAUUGGUCAGGACCAAUUUCAAUAUCAAUAUUUGUCGCUGGUGAUGAGGAAUUUCAAAUUUUACAAAAAUAUCUUAUUUAUUUGAAAAAAUGUUAUGAACCAAUUAAAAAUCAAGUUACAUUUUCAUUGACAAUACCAAAAUCGAAAUUACUUUCAAAACAACCAAAUGUUUUUGAUAUGCCUGAAAAUAGUGAUUGCUUAAAACCUGAGGCAACAUUAAAUUCAUUAUUAAAUGAAAUAUCUGAAGAGCAAUCAAAUUGGAGGAUACGCAAUGUAUAUCCACAAAAUCAUAUGAGGAAUUUGGCAAGAAAAAAUUGUCAAUCUGAUUAUGUUUUUUUGACUGAUGUUGAUAUUGUACCUAGUCAUAAUAUGGCGGCAGUAUUAGAAGAAUUUCUAUUAGUUGAUAAUUGUGAAAAAUGUGCAUAUGUGAUACCAACUUAUGAAUUAGAUGCAAGAGUUAGAUUUCCACAAAAUAAAUCGGAAUUAAUUCGUUUAGCUAAAAAAGGUCUUGCACGACCAUUUCAUCAAAAAGUUUUUAUUCACAAUCAAUUUGCCACAAAUUUUACAAGGUGGGCAAUGGAUGUUAAUUCAGGUCAUCAAAAUCAUGAAAAUUUUAAAAAUGGCAAAAUUUACAUAAGUCAUGAUGUGACGAAUUUUGAAUUUCUCUAUGAACCGUUUUAUGUUGCCAAAGAUAUUGUACCUUCACAUGAUGAGAGAUUUAUGGGUUAUGGAUAUACGAGAAAUACUCAGGUAUAUGAGAUGUAUGUAUCUGGUUAUAAAUUUAAAGUUUUGUCGCCGAUAUUUACAAUUCAUUGGGGUUUACAAACAAGAAAAAGUAGGCCCAGUUGGCGAGAGAGACAAAACAGCGCCAACAGAAAACAAUUUGAAGUAUUUAAAAAAGAGAUAUUCGCAAAAUAUGUGCAUCAAGAUUCUUCAAAAGUUAUAAAAACACUUCAUUGACGUGUAUAGUUUUUUUUUUACAUUAUAAAAAUGACAAAUUUAUGUAAAAUGAUUUUCUAUUGACAUAUAUUUAUAGAUAUAUAAGUAUUGUGGGUAAAAAAAAAUGAGUGCUGAUAUAUGUGAAGAUAUAUAUAUAUAUCGUGUAAGACAAUAUUUAAUAGGAAAUGAAUUUAUUAUUAAAAUAUUCAUAUAAUUAAUAAUAUAUAUAAAAACAAAUUAUUUUAAGGGGUUAUACUAUCUUAAAAUUUUGAGAAGUAAAAUUUUUUUGUUUUUAAGACUUUUUUUCCCACUAACUAUAAAAAAAAGCAAGAAAUCGUUUUUAGUAUUCU